AUGGACCCUUACGGCUCAGACAGCGAGUCUGUUUCUGAAUUCGAGAGACUCGAAUCCACGUUACCACAGCCCCUCCGUCGCUCUGCCUCCUCCCUUUUGGAAAAACUCACCAAUGGAUCCCAGACCCACUUGCUGAAUCUCCAUCUUGAUUCACCUACACCCAGAGUGCCUCACCACCAGGCACCCCUGAACUCGCUUGGGCACUUGCUUCUGAAACUUUCCAUGUCUGAAAACGGCAGGGAGAGUUCGCCUAUUCCCCUUCCUCGUCCUGACUUCAAUGAGGAGAUCCACAAACCAGCCAUGAACACGAAACAGUCCUCCACGGGUGUUUUGUGGGUGACUGAACGAGCCAACGAAUACGGCUUUCAGGGUAAUGGCGACGACUCGUGGGCCAAUUUGGGCCAGGGUGCUCCAGAACACGGUGAUACUAUUCCAGGCUCGUUCAAGAGACCCAAGCUGAUAGAGGUGCCUGAUGUCAGCAGAGAGUAUGCUCCUACUGCCGGUAUCAAGGAGCUUCGUGAGUCUGUGGCCAACUUGUACAAUUCGCUUUAUCGUGAGGGUAAGGAGUCCAAGUACACAUACAAGAACGUGUGUAUUGUCCCUGGAGGAAGAGCCGGGUUGAUCCAUGCUUUCGCUUUUCAAGAACUUCUCCCCAUCCCCGUUCCUUUGGACGAGGUGGACAACUACGAGAUGCACUUGGCCCACAUUGAUCUUGAGUUGAAGAGAGGUGUUUCUGCUUUCCUCACAUCCAACCCAGAAACCCCACCGUUGAAACGUCUCCACAAGAUCUGCAGAGACAAGUGUCUUUUGAUCAUGGACGAGUUCUACUCCCACUAUUACUAUGACGACGACUGCCUGGGAUCCUCGAUAUCCUCGGCUCAAUUCGUCAAGGACGUGAACAAGGACCCUGUGUUGAUCUUGAACGGUCUCACCAAGGCCUUCCGGUUGCCCGGCUGGCGUAUUUGCUGGAUCUUGGGUCCUGAGGAGUACAUCAACUCCUUGAGCUCAGCAGGUUCUUACCUUGAUGGUGGUUCCAACGCUCCCUUCCAGUAUGCUGCCAUUGAUUUCUUGAAACCUUUGGCGGUCAAGGCCGAAAUGAAGGCGCUUCAAUUGCACUUCAAGAUGAAGAGAGACUAUAUCAUUGGCCGCUUGAGCAAGAUGGGUUUCCCAUUCACCCAGAAGAACAUCCCCAACUCCACGUUCUACUUGUGGCUCAAUCUCUCCCAUUUACCCGGCAAGCUCAGUAACUGCCUUGGCUUCUUCCACGAGUGUCUCCACGAAAAAGUCAUUGUGGUUCCAGGCUUCUUCUUCUUGAUCAACCCUCAGAACUUGUCCCGUCUCGAGGAUGUUAUCUGGUAUAACUACGUGAGAAUCAGUUACGGGCCUGAAUUGCCGCAAUUGGUGAAGGGCAUGGACGGCAUCGAGCGCAUUCUUCGCAGGUUCAAUGCCUUGCCUGCCGAUUAUAAGUCGUAG